AUGAUCAUGCUAUUCAAAGGGAACAGCAGCAGGCUGGAGCAUCUCAUAGAGAAGAUCCAGGCCAAUAAAGAGAACCACGAGGGUAUAUCCGAAGAUAUUAAACAGGCGCUGGGUAGUGUGGGAAGUACGGCUGGUAGUUCCUGGCCGUCUUCAACUCCUGAGCCGUCUCCUUCACCAUCCUCUACUCCAACAUCAGCGGAUGCUGUCGAUGCGGACGCAGACCCACCAUUCACACUGGGAGCAACCGAACACACUCCAUACCAAUGCCAGUUUUGCGACAAGGCGUUUCCCAGACUUUCAUAUCUCAAGAAGCAUGAGCAGACUCAUUCAGAUCAAAUGCCGUUUCGUUGCGAAUUCUGCGCUCGCCUGUUUAAACACAAACGUUCCCGCGACCGCCACGUCAAACUUCACACAGGCGAUAGAAAGUACAGAUGUGUCCACUGUGAAUCCGCUUUUUCCAGAAGUGACCAUCUCAAGAUUCAUAUGAAGACUCAUGACAAUCAGAAACCGUUCCAAUGUACAGUUUGUAACCGGGGAUACAAUACAGCAGCCGCUCUUACAUCACAUAUGCAGGGUCACAAGAGAGACCGAGAGGGUAGAGAUAAUGAUCGCAGAAGAGCAUUACGUUGUCUGCGUUGUGGAGAUGCAUUUAGAAGAGCUGAUAUGCUCCAGGCUCAUAUGAUAAGUGCUCAUGGAGUUGAUGCAGAAUCUAUGACUCCACCGCGUCGAGUUGCUUCUCAGCCACCACCCACUUUAUUAGCUUGCAUAUAUUGCACUCGCGAUACUUUUACCAGCAUGGAGCAGCUACAGUUACAUGUACGAACAGCCCAUUCUGCGUUAUUAAAUGGAGAAACACCAAUACAGUUCUCAGUAGACCAACCAGGACCGACGGACUUAAGUAGACGAGCUUCAGAAGAUGUUUCUCCAGUAAAACGUCCCAGACUUAGCUCAGGUUCUACUACGCCUAAGAAUGCUUUAUCACCAAGUACUCUACUUUGUAAUCAAUGUGAUGCAGCUCUGCCUGAUUUUGAAGCUUUUAGAGCUCACUUGAAGGGUCAUCUUGAAGAAGGAGGGGAACUAGGACGAACUAGUCCAAGUCCUUCUGUACGCGCAGUUUUCCCUACUCCCGAAGAUUUGCAGAAGCAUCUAUUCGAUUUACAUACUCACCAUAUGUAUAGAUGUACAUUCUGUAAAGAAAUAUUUGAUUCCAAAGUUGCUAUACAGGCUCAUUUCGCGGUGGCACACAGUGGAGAGAACAAAGUGUGGGUUUGUCGUUCAUGUGGGGCCGCGGGUGGCCCGAUGAGAUCAGAGGCGGAGGGAGCGGCUCACGUGCGAGCGAGGCAUGCGGCGGCUCGCUGUUCCUGUGGAGCUGUACUGUCUGGUGCGAGAGCCCUACGAGCUCACGCUGCCUCACACCACGCAUACCGCUGCCCUGUCUCCACAUGCAGCGACUCCUUUGCCGUGCAAUAUCUCCUAGAGCGACAUAUGCAAGUGCAUCAAGCGAUCACGCAUCAGAAUGUCAACGGUGAAAGAAACAAGCGAAAUGAGAACAACAACGCCGUUGAUGGCGACGGGCGCGAAGAAAGACGCCGUAAAAAUGGUGCUGUUGCGCUACAAUGUGCUUAUUGUGGUGAACGAACACGUAGCCGAGCGGAGUUAGAGGCCCAUACUCGAGCACAUUCUGGAGCAGGCGCGGCGCGGCAUAAAUGUUUAAUAUGUGAUGAAGUUCUACCCUCCGCUGCAGUGCUGGCUGAACAUAAACUUACGCAUUGCAAGGUGGUAGCUGGAGACACGUGUGCCCGAUGUCGUUCACGUCUACCUUCAGAAGAAGCGUUUUUGAGUCAUAUGGCACGACAUCAUCCUGCCUUACCAGCGCCGUGUGUUAUAUGUCGUCAAACAUUAGCUUCGGAGGCUGAAGCACGUUUACAUGCCCGUUUCCAUUUAAGGCCAUCUGCAGACGAACAAAGAUGUGCGAUAUGUCUUCGAGCUUUAUCCGAGAGUGAGAGUGGUGAAGGUGCAAGAGCAUGUUCCACUUGCUAUGCCAGACACGCAGCUCCUAGACCACAGACGACUACCGAUCAUGAUUGCAGGCUAUGUAGAAGAACAUUGGGUUCCCCAACUCGUCUACAAGCUCACUUAAUUGAACACACGUUUGCUGGCAUAGGUGCAUUCACAUGUUACCUAUGCUCCGCGAUGUUUACGAGUGCUGCCGGCCUCCAAAGACAUUUACCAGAACAUGCUGCUGCUCCAAGACCUUACGAUUGUGGCCGGUGUGGUUUAAAGUUCUUCUUUAGAGCGGAACUUGAUAACCACGCCUUUGUACAUCUUGAGGAAGCUGAAAUUGCUCAAAGAGUUUUCUAUGAGGCUUAUGCGCGAGGAGCAGCGACAGCCUGGGCUGCUUUGCAGCCUACUGAUAUACAACCACAAUCAUCAGCUUCAACGCCAGCCCCUACAAUAAGUGACGUUAAACAAGAACCAGAAAUAAAGGAGGAACGUAACGAUGAAUAUAUAGAAGUAUCAUCACCACCUCCGAAACAAUCUGAGCCAGAAACGUCUCCUACUCCAAUGAUAAAACAAGAGAAAACUGACGAAGACUGA